CUCUCUCUCUCUCUCUCCACGGGUAUGCAACUGACUGCCGGAUGCAUGCAGCAAAAACUGACCCGUCUGACUGUUCGCGCAUGGGGGCUAGGUUUUGGAUCUCACAUUUUACUUGACCCAACCUGGCUUUCUACAAACCUACAAUCAACUGACUCCGAGUCAGUAUGCAGGACUUUGACUCUCGUGUUCAUUUUCGCUGUCAUAGAACGUCGGGGUAAAAAAUUCCACAAGAUUUAAACAGAAAAAAAGGAGUGCUUCCUCCCCACUCCUCCGCUUACUCCCACUUCAUCUCUUCAGCACCCCCCUAAAAGUAGUGGAUACAGCAAAGCAACCCUUCGUCUUGAGACGCACGGGAAAAGAUGCCUUCCGAGCCACUUUUCCAGCCACCUCCGACCACCCUCCUCCAACCCAGUUCGAGCUCGGUCACGAAUGACGAUGUUUGGGUUGGAGCGGGUCCACCCAGUAUGCCCAGAUCGGACUUGACAGCGAUCCCUGAGCAGGACCGGGAACUUGGAUCGACACCAGCAGCCGAUGGUUUCUCGACGAAUACCAAUAAUGGCACUCGCACGCAUACUCGUAACCGGUCCAGUGUGGAUGGCACCAAGUACAAGGACGGGCAAUGGUCGCCGCAGAACGAGAAGAUCGUGCUCGGUCCCUAUGAUUAUAUGCUUCAGCACCCGGGCAAGGACAUUCGCCGACAGCUCAUCAACGCCUUCAAUGUAUGGCUGAAUGUUCCCCCGGAGAGUCUGACGAUCAUCACCAAGGUGGUGGCCAUGCUGCACACUGCCUCUUUACUGAUUGACGAUGUCGAAGACAACUCAGUCCUCCGUCGCGGGAUCCCCGUGGCCCACAACAUCUACGGCACCGCGCAGACGAUCAACUCGGCCAACUACGUGUACUUCCUCGCGCUGCAGGAGGUGCAGAAACUGCACAACCCGGCCGCCAUCGACAUAUAUGUGCAGGAGCUGCUGAACCUGCACCGCGGCCAGGGCAUGGACCUGUUCUGGCGGGAGACGCUAACCUGCCCGACCGAGGAGGAGUACCUGGAGAUGGUCGGCAACAAGACGGGCGGGCUGUUCCGGCUGGCCGUGAAGCUGAUGCAGGCCGAGAGCGGCGCCGGCAAGGACUGCGUGAGUUUGGUCAACGUCAUGGGUCUGGUCUUUCAGAUCUGCGACGAUUACCUGAACCUGUCCAGCGGCACCUACACCAAGAACAAGGGCCUCUGCGAGGACCUCACGGAGGGCAAGUUCUCGUUCCCGAUCAUCCACAGCAUCCGCGCCAGACCCGGGGACCACCAGCUGCUCAGCAUCCUCAAGCAGAAGACCACCGACGAGGAGGUCAAGCGCUACGCGGUGACGUACAUGGAGCAGACCGGCAGUUUUGCGCACACGCGGGACGUCGUCCGCGAACUGCGGGAUAAGGCAUUGGCGCUCAUCACGGAGAUCGAUGGCAACGGGGCCUGCGACGAUGGCGCGAUGGUUCGUGCGAUUCUCAACAAGAUCACAGAAUCCACGCUAGGGAAGCCUCAAGAGUAGCGGAACUCGCCAACUUUUUUUUGCAUAGCAAAACCCGACAUGCACUUCAGCCCGUCGAAUUAGACGACGUACCUCUGACACAUGUGGUGGUUCAAACAAGAGUGAUAAUGGAAGAAACAUGCAUGAUCUUUCCUAAGUAGCAGUGCUGAAUCAGAAAUUGCACACGUGAUAAACAUUUCUUUACGAAGAGUGUCUUUGUCUGCUGCCUGCAAGAGUAUGGAACAGGGUAGUUGUAUGAAAGAAAUCAGGGCGACUCCUUACCCCGCUCCCCCGACACAGGAGAAUAACAAAUAUCCAACAACAAUCCA